AUUCAAACAACAGAUCCGAGGUUAUUGAAUCAGCGGUCAAUCAAAGCAUCAAAUCAAGGCAUCAAAUCAGAUCAUCACAUCAGCGGGAGGAGGAGAAAAGAAAGAAAUUCCCUUCCCCAGGGAUCUCCUUCGGUUGGUCAAUCAAAUCAGGAGCAGCGCAGCAGCAGAAGAGAGGGAGCAGCAUGUCAUCCUCCUCAGCCGCCUUUUCUUUGGACCACCUCUCCUCACCCCCCUCCGAGCAGCUCUGCUACGUCCACUGCAACUUUUGUGACACCGUCCUCGCGGUGAGUGUUCCCUGUAGCAGUUUGUUCAAGACGGUGACGGUGAGGUGCGGCCACUGCACCAACCUCCUCUCCGUCAACAUGCGGGGGCUGCUUCUCCCUGCCGCCAACCAGCUUGGCCUUGGCCACCCCUUCCUGGCUCCCUCCCACCACAACAUCUUGGAUGAGAUAACGUGCCCACCACCAAGCUUGCUGAUGGAUCAGCCCAUCCUCCACAACAACAGCAGCAAUGGCAAUCAUAACCACAACCACAACGCGAUGGCGCCUGUCAAGGGGACCGAAGAAGAGCUCCCUCAGACUCCAGUUGUCAACAGACCUCCAGAGAAGAGGCAGAGAGUUCCCUCGGCAUACAACCGAUUUAUCAAGGACGAAAUCCAACGCAUCAAGGCUGGGAAUCCGGACAUCACCCACAGAGAGGCCUUCAGCGCCGCUGCUAAGAACUGGGCCCACUUCCCCCACAUCCAUUUCGGCCUGAUGCCCGAUCAGGGCCUGAAGAAGAGCAGCGUCCGCCAGCAGGAGGGAGAGGACGUUCUCCUCAAGGACGGUUUCUACGCCGCCGCGGCAGCGAACAUGGGCGUCACUCCGUUCUAGGCGGCAAGGACUCUGGCUGUGGUUGGUUCUAGGGUUUCGUUGGGCUUGUGCUGCUUCUGCUGCUGCCACUACUGUUAGGGUUUCCUCUUUCUUUCCUAGCUUUAUUAUGUGGAAAGGAACUGUUAACAGCCUUUAUUUCUAGGGUUUCUCUUUCUUUCGUUUUUACUCUCUUCUUGGCUUCAAUGUCGAGUAAAAGGGGGGCUGUGUGCUGUGAAAAAGGUUGAGAACGCCUGUGGGAAAGGUCGGUAUGCUGCCUUAUAUUCCAAAUGUGUUGUUAUGGACAAACAUCUCUUUAAAACUACUUAUUAGUCUACUGUUGCCAUUUACUCUCUUU